AAUCAAGAAAAAUUCAUCCGUAGUCGAAAUCGGUAUGUAAAAACGGUCUUGCAAUUGAUAUGAAACACGACAGAAAGCAAUUUGUCGAACUGUAAACAUUUUAGACAAUGUCGCUUAAAUAAUUACCUGGUCAAAAUGUCAUGACGUUUUCUACGAAUCGUGUUGUUGUCCUCUGAACAUAUAAAGCGCCAGGUGAAGAAACAAUAUCGUCAUUAUCAAGAGAAAACGGAAAUGUGUGUGAUUCUCCAUCGUCUGGGUUUAAUUUUGGCUGUGUGUCAGGUGAUUGAAGUAUAUACUGCUUCUAGUGCUCCUAGAUUUUCAUUACAUCUGCAACCAGCGAAGUCCAUAGAUGCAGAACCAGGCCCAAACAUUCUGAGGACCGAAGGAAUAAAUGUAUUAAAGGGAUACAUAAAAAAUACAAACGAUAAAAUGGACAAUACGAAGGAGACUAAUGAGGAACUUAUACCAUUUUGCAUUUUUUGUCUUCAACCUUCAUAUAAAGAUUCAACUGAUUGCAAAAAACAUUGCACAAAUCUCGAUGUUAAACAGGGGAAAAUCAGUACAAGAGAGAAAAAAAUAAUCGGCCCUCUGAGAGAAAUAAUCAGUCCUCAGAGGAAACUAAUCCGUACAAAGGACCUCAAGGUCAAGGACGACAUAUUUGAAGGUACAGGGAAUAAAGGCAUAGUGGUGAUUACGGACGCUUUAUGUGCAUUUUGCCGACUUUACCCAGUGUAUCAACAAACCGACUUUUGUCAACAGAAAUUGUGUUCCAGUGCAUCCUAACCCAUACAGCUUCUAAUUACUCUGAUAUUUCUUUGGAGAAUUGUUGAUACUUUUCUAGUUUACUGUCGUUUUGAUUUUAUUCAUGGAUGGUCUAGUUGUGAAUUCAAUAUUUUCAUUAUCUGUAUGUCCUUUUUAUAUUCAGUAGAUUGAUUUGUAGGCAAUGUAAUUUUCUUAUGAUGGAUUGUAUAAUAUUAUUUCUGUGUAACAAUGUAAAUCUUAUACGGUACCAAUUUUGAUGCACCAGAUGCGCAUUUCGAGAAAUAAUGUCUCUUCAGUGAUGCUCAACCAAAAUGUUUGAAAUCCGAAAUAACUAUGAAGUUUUAAAGCUAAAUAUAGCCAAAAACAGCGUGCCAAAAAGUGGACAAUACAAAGGGUAGAAUGUUUCAAAUUGUAAAGAACCUAUGGAGAAACCGCCAUAUCCCUGAAGAAUACCUAGGAAUGCUUAAUUAAUACCACUUCAAGUCCAUACACAUUUUUUCUUUUUCAAAAUGGAACGGAAUAUAUACGUUAGUUUUCCUAGUGGUAUGCCAUAACGCAAUCAUAUAGAUAGAUAAGUUUGUAUAAAUCAUUGAGGGCAAAUUCAUAAUACGUUUUCAUCUUUCAAAGAAUAGUAAACCGGGAUUUUAGCAGAGUU